UAUUUUAUUUAAUCAAAUCUCCCUCUUUCUUUAUAACAAUAAUAUAAAACUUCAUAUAGAUAUAUAUAUAAAACCUUUCCUCUGUUUUCUUGAUCUCCCUUCUCUCCCUCCCUCUUUCUUUCAUUUUUUUCUUUUGUUUUACUACCAUGGAUCCUUCCUCUGUGAGCGGUUUCUACUCUUCUCUAACUCGUGGGAUCGAUGAUCUUGAGCUUGUUUAUCUCUCUAAUAACUUCAUGUCUAUUCAAUUUCUUCAACGGGCUCUUUCUCUGCUUAGAUCAUUUCAUUCUCAACUAACUCUCCUCGUCCAGAAACUCCAUUUACCCGUCGGUGAAAAAUGGCUCGAUGAAUACAUGGAUGAAAGUUCCAAGCUUUGGGAGGCUUGUCACGUUCUCAAAUCGGGAAUUUCAGGAAUGGAAAAUUAUUACUCUGCGGGCUUAAACAUCACUUCAUCUCUCGAUAAUCAUCGUCACCUUAGCCCACAACUCUCCAGACAGGUGAUCCGGGCAAUUUCAGGGUGUAAAAGAGAGGCAGUGGGGCUGGAAGAAGAGAACAGAGCUUUGAUGGAAACAAGAAUACAGCAACUUUCGUUGAGAUUUGAUGAGAAGGUGUCAGUUGAAUCAAAACUGAAUGGAUUCAACGGUUUUAGAGGAGUAUUAUAUGCAAUGAGAAACGUAAGUUCACUGCUGCUGAUGAUCUUGAUGUACGGACUAGUGUACUAUUGGCCGGAGACAAGUGGAGGAGUUGGAGGAUAUGAAGGAUGUUUGCUUUUUGGGUCGGCGUUUAUGAUCUCAACAGUAAGAUUGCAACAAAGAGUGGCGGCAGAGAUAAGUCAAAUGAACGGAAGGCCAGGCGUGUUAUUGUAUGAAUUUAGAAGGUCAAAGAUGGCGUUGGAUGAGCUCAGAGCAGAGUUGGAGAGAAGAAGCGGAGGAGUGGUGGUGGAGUGGGAAACAGAAGUGGGAAUAAGGGAGAGAGUGGAGAAUCUGAAGGGAUGUUUUGGGGUACUGAGAUCUGGUGUUGAGAAUAUUGUUGGACAGCUUGAUGAUUUCUUUGAUGAGAUUGUUGAAGGAAGGAAGAAGCUUUUGGACUUUUGCAGUCACAGGUAGAAUUACAGAUUAGGAUCAGUUAAAUUGAAAAAAAAAAAAAUCAUAUAUGUAGAGGAAUCAGUUGUUGGGGUUGUUGUACCUCUUACCCAUCUCUUCAUAUUUUCUUUUUAAUAUCUCUUGUGGGUUAUUUCCAUGUUCUUCUCCUAUAGUUUCUAUAGUGAAGCUUCAAAGAAUAGCUUUCCAUCAAAGCCCCAUAUGAAGUAGAUGAAAACAAGUUUAGACUAAUUUUCAAGCAGGCUUCUUGUUUUAA